UCCCUAUCGGUAUGGUCGGGGCUUCAUUGAUUUUUGGGAGGACUGUGUCGUGUGAGAGCGGUAUUUGGAAAGAUUCGUGAUUGUAUUGAUACAGUUUAAUUAAAUAAAAAAGCGGGACCGAGGACAGGUGUGGGAAGUGAAAAUGACGACAGGGGCAGAUGUUCGAGAUAUACUGGAGCUGGGCGGUGGGGAAAUGGAUGCUGGACCAAUCAGUAAAAAAGACAUUAUCAACUCCGAUAAGAAAAAGUCCAAGAAGUCUGCAGAAACGUUGACCUUUAAAAGACCUGAGGGGAUGCACAGAGAGGUCUAUGCACUGCUCUACUCUGACAAAAAAGAUGCCCCCCCAUUACUGCCCAGUGACACGACUCAGGGUUAUCGGACAGUCAAAGCCAAGCUGGGCUGUAAGAAGGUGCGCCCCUGGAAAUGGAUGCCUUUCACAAACCCAGCCAGGAGGGACGGAGCCAUAUUUUACCACUGGAGGCGCAUGGCAGAGGAAGGCAAGGAUUACCCCUUUGCCAGGUUUAAUAAGACAGUGCAGGUGCCUGUGUACUCUGAGCAGGAGUAUCAGAUGUACCUUCCUGAUGAAGGAUGGACUAAAGCUGAAACAGAUCACCUCUUUGACCUCUGCAAGCGCUUUGAUCUGCGGUUCAUUGUCAUCCAUGACCGCUACGACCACCAGCAGUUCAGGAAACGCUCCGUUGAAGACCUGAAGGAACGCUACUAUAAUAUCUGUGCCAAACUCGCCAAGAUCCGCGCUCCUUCCGGAACUGACCCCAAAAUCUAUGUGUUCGACGCUGGCCAUGAGAGGCGGAGGAAAGAUCAGUUAGAAAGACUGUACAACCGCACACCUGAACAGGUGACAGAAGAGGAGUAUCUGAUACAGGAGUUGCGGAAGAUUGAAACCAGGAAGAAGGAGAGGGAGAAGAAAGCUCAGGAUCUGCAGAAACUCAUCACAGCCGCUGACACCACCACUGAGAUGCGUCGGGCAGAACGCAAAGCCACCAAGAAGAAACUACCACAAAAACGAGAAACUGAAAAACCAUCUGUUCCUGAGACCGCAGGCAUAAAGUUCCCAGACUUCAAAUCGGCAGGUGUCACUUUGCGAAGUCAAAGGAUGAAACUGCCAAGCUCUGUGGGACAGAAGAAGAUUAAAGCCAUCGAACAGAUUCUAACAGAACAGGGAGUCGAUCUGAACCCGAUGCCGACAGAGGAGAUUGUGCAGAUGUUCAACGAGCUGCGCAGCGACCUGGUGCUGGUUUACGAGCUGAAGCAGGCCCACGCCAACUGCGAGUACGAGCAACAGAUGCUGAGGCACCGCUACGAUGCGCUGGUCAAGGCGGGCGGGGCCAGCACAGCCACGGGGGAUAGCCUUGGGGCUGAUGGACAUCUCGGGGUGGGGCCUGAUGACAUCAAGGCCGAGGGGAAAGAUCAAAUAAUUGAUGUGGUGGGGGCGCCGCUGACGCCAAAUUCGCGGAAAAGAAGAGAAUCAGCUUCCAGUUCCUCCUCCAUAAAGAAAGCCAAGAAACUGUGAUUCGGAUUUUUAUUUGAGGAUCGGGCAGAUCCAGGGGCAGGAACCAGACAAGUUGUGGCUAAAACAUUGAAACCCGUGACCCCAUGCCUUGUUGCAGCUGUGUCGGGGCACCCCAUCCACCAAGAAGAGGGCAGGGUGAGGAACACAGUGAUAUCCCACUGGGGAGCCAGCUGCUACCCCGCCCGCCCAUCCGUCCGCCUGCCCGCCUGCCUCCAGCCUGAGAGGAAGAGCUGACCAGGACUCAUGACUCUACAGAAACGGACACUGUCUGCACUUCCUGAACCGAUCAAACCAGGAGAGCAGCAGCCAAGAGACUCCGAAGCCAGAUGUGCACUGACUGACACAGCUAUCUUUUCUUUUUCCAUUCACACAAGCGUCUGGAUGAACUGUAACCAACUUGGAAGCCUAUUGCAACAUCCCUUCUUUCUUUUGUAAAACAGCAAAUUGGGUAGAUAACUAAAUGGUCAAGUUUGCAGGUGAUAUAGGUGAUAAACUAGUUUCACAACUAUUGUUGAGACCAUGAUGUGACUUUCUCAGUAUGCAAGGGUUUAUGUAGGAUUCAGUCUGUUCCCUUAUGUCUAAACAAAAAUAAUUCCUGUUAAAUAAUCUACACAUUUACUUGUUUUUUACCCUCCUUCCCUCUACCGUUGUAAAAGUAUGAUAAAAGGUUUUGCAUAUUAAUGUAUCCAUUCUUUCUCCAGCUCUGUUGUUGGAGGAACUGUCGUGAAGGGAUUCUUAGUCUCUGCUGUGGGGGGGGGGGGGGGAUGUCUAAAUAAAUGUGCGUGGCUGUAUUUAAAGGUUGUUUUUAUUUAACAUUACAGGAAUUUGAAUCAACAUUAUUUUACUGGAGUUUUUUGAGUUAUUAAAUAUAGGUUUAUACAUGAGAGGGCACUAAGAACUUGCAGCGUCUGUGCAAUUCAAGACACUGUUUCUCCACAGACAGGAAAUAAGUAACUGGAAUGGCUUUCGUGCAUAAUGUCCCCUGACAAGCAUAUUGCCUCCUUAUAUUUGGAGGGUAUAGACUGUGACCUGAAAUCUGCUAUACUCAGUAACAAAAGCCUGGUGUACACUUCACUUCAUUCUGUAAUUUUGUAGAACCUGGGGGACAAUACAUUUAUAGAAGGCAAAAAAAACUGUUUUAUAUUAUGUGUACUGAACUCUUGUGGUUUCCUGUACAGUAGCCUUGAGUCUGCUCUUUGGUGGUGUGCUGAAAAUUAUAUUGUGACUAAAGUUUGGCAAUCUAGAGGAAGUAUGUGCUAUGCAGAACUACAUUUUAAACCUAAUGUUUUCUUUUGUACCUCACUGAUUUUUUUUUUUUUGGGUGUAUUUCCCUUCAAAAUACCAAAACAAUUUAUUAUUAUUUUUUAAAUUGAGUGAUGUACUAGCGCAUACAGAAAACUAAAAUGUGCUGAUUAAUUGGAUGUUAUCUGGGUUUAUCUCCUUACUAUCUGCCACUUGGGGUUAAAAAGAUAGCGGGGGAGCUGGAGGGGGGAGCGCACAGUUUGUCAUAUCCCAGUGGUGCCGAUGCUGUCGCUGUCAGUGUUUUUACUGCCUGCAGCCUGACAUGGUUAAUGCUGAUUGUGCCGUGCACUGUGAGGGGGCUGACACUAACGGCUCGGUGAGUGACGGAGAUGAUGUUAAUGAGCUCUGUGAAUUACUUCGUUUGGGGCCCUUGUUUACGGCACGGCAGUGCGUGGAGCUGCACUAAACCCACCCUGGUGAUAAAACAUCCAGGGGCCAUUAUCGUUAACACCAGUGCGCGGCAAGAACUGCCGCACAUUGAUUUGAAAGCAUGAGGAAUUGUUAGCUUGGUAACUACUGUACAUGGGAGCUUACAAAUCAAGACCAUCUUAUGUGGUUUUUCUUUUUUUUUUUUUUUGUUACCGGUUUCACUGUUUAAAAAAGAAAGUAUUUUAUUUUACACUUCCAUACUAAAGCAGUUUUAGCCAUACAAUUAGAUGCCCCUGAGUUCUGGUUUAACUAGUCUGCUAGGAGUAAAGCCUGGCCUGGCCAAAACUGCUAUGCAGUGGUAUAUAGAAGUUUUCAUCUCCACAUGGUAGUUUGAUUCCAGUACUUGUUACUCAUUUAUUUUCAUCUGCUAAUUGUGGGGUUGAUUGUGAAGUGAGUUCUAUCCCUGAAGCAUGCCAAUGAUAAGAUGGUGCCCGGACACUGGACAUGGAGGAUCCUAUCUAUUCUAUAUGCAUAGAAAUGAAACUGGAUUUCAAGGGAUACAAACUAAAGUUUUCAAAUUGGGUAGAUAUUGGGGGGUAAAAAAAGACUAAAUACUGCUUUGAAUAAUAUUCUGCUACUGUAUCUUCAUAUAGGCUAUGACGUAAGGUAUGAGGCCAUAGCAAUGAAUGAUGGCACUAGCUCUGGACUCCUGUCAUUGUGCUUCAUUAAAGUGCUGGGCAGGUACCCCCCCUCCCCUCCCCCAUGCAUUCUUUCUGGCCACUGUGAAGUGGCCAGUCUCUUGAAAAUUUCUAAUUGCAAGCCAAUUAUGCCAUUGAGUCCAUUUUGAUAUUAAUUUCUAUGUAAAUAGGCACUGCAAAAAGGGGGGAAAAAAGUAACCAUUGCAAAUGGAAAUUAUUUUUAUCAUUCUUAAUCAGUUAUAUUAAACAUAAGGCCUGAUUUUAACUUAAGAAUUUUACAAUUUCUGGUUAUAUUGCUAUCCAAUCAUAGUACAGUAUAAAACUAUUGGUGCAAUCGAUUUUAUACCCUUAUUUUGAUAAAAUAAUCGGUAAUUUGUAUUUGUUGAAAGUGAAUUCAAUUUCUGAUUAUAAUAUGCCUUAUUCCAGUUAGUCAUGAGCACCUUUCACUGUACAAAAGGGAAAAUAAAUAAUCUGUAAUUCCCUUGAUUUUCAAAAUUCUCAGUGAU